AUGAGCAGCAGUGAUAUCGAUGAGUAUGAUCCUGGCCUGAAGUCACCCAACAUUGUGAGCGAAAACCAAGUGAGCUUGGGGGAUACUGCUGCACAACACCCUCCCACUACCUCUGAUAUUUUUACAAUGAUUCGACUCAGGGAACCAAAUACUUCCUCUACCAUAGCUUUUACGAAAGCACAAGCGAUCAACAACAUCACUUUGGACAGUCAGGUGAAAGCUAAGAAUAUGCGAUUUGAAGAAAACAAAGGUGCCUCCGCCUUAUACUCCCAGCCUGUGGAUGCGGGUGAGUAUGGACUCCGUUUGCACGGCAUCAAGGGACGCACCCGCUGCAUUUGUCUUUCUCCUAAUGGGUUUCAGCUCUGUGCGGGGGGGGAGGACGGCCAGCUUCUCAUGUGGGAUUUUACUGUGGCGCUGAAAUCACGCCGGAUCGAGCCCACACGUGUUCUAACCCCAUUUGUUAACCGUAUUUCAGGGUACCAGCCGAUUAUUGCGCUUCACGCGGCGGUGGAUGGGAGCUACUUUGUGGCCUGUCAAGAUGGGGACAGCCCUGCUCUUAUUACGUCGGGUGGGAAGCAGCUCGGCUACUGUGCGAUUGGUGAGCGGGGGAUGGUGGAUGUGGUGCAGUGUAAAGGACAUCGCGCGGCCGUCACGAGCUCCUGUUGUCAUGCCACGGUAGCUGGAAGUUUUUAUACGUGCGCGCAGGACGGAACAGCCCGUCUGUGGGAGCAGGGUUCCUAUGAACGGCGCUCUGUGUACGCGGUAAAGCAUGGCUCCGGCCAAAUUGAUGAUGUGGUCAUUGUAGAAAGUGUCCUGAGCCUAACAUCCGUCGGCGGCGGCGGAAGUGUUUUCGCCACGGGUGGACAGGAUGGUUGCGUGCAGUUGUGGGACAGUCGUACAAAGUACCGCCCUGGGGGUUCUGUUAUUUCGUUUGAUUUGUACGCACCACAGGCCCAAUCGUCGCACGCAUGCAAAAAGGCUUUGGAAGGGGAUGACCUAUUUGAAAAACACGUUGGAGGGAUGGCUGAGCUCACUCACUUGAGCGGUAUAACCGAACCGACCCCUGCUGUACUGGCUGUCCGUCGUAACGCACAGCUUCAGUUAGUCGACCUCCGGCGUCUCCUGCCUCCUCAAAAGAGGAUCCGGUCAGCUACCGCAUCAUUUUCCCUUGCACCAUCCCCACCACCCCUCUUUGGGGAUCCCAUCAUGGAGCUACCUUACAUGACCGACACCACACCUGUCAUCGCAACGCCGGACGGGUUCUUAACCUGUACUAGUCGUAAUGGAUAUCGGCACGUGGUUGGAGGCCACGUCGUGCACUUUCAGUGUGGUAGCAACCCGGCGUCCUCGCAUGUUAUCCCACCUCUACAGGUGUGGCGUGCAGGAAGGCCGGAUGAGGAUGUGCUUUGCGUAUGCGCGGAUGUCGCCACGCUUGGAAGUAGUUCUAGUGGUGGUAUUUUCGCUGGGUUAAACUCUGGGGAUGUCGUAGUGCAGACCGCCGUCAGUGGUGACAAUCGCCUUGAUAAGCAUGAUGCGCCCUUCUGGCGUUGGCUGGCAACUCGUCCGGAACCUGAGAAAGGGUCUGGCAAGACCGACUGUCGAUCCCUAGGGCAAAAAUCAGGUCGAAUUCAAGGCGAUGAGUACGAGCUCCUCUAUUGA